GGCGAGAAAAAGGGAGCGGAUUCUGACUGACUACAGUCUCCUUAUUGUCCUCACCGAAAUAUGGGGCGGAUUUGUUGACUGUCAGACCGGCCGGUUGGGUUUCUUUCUCGGAAGGACAAGACAAUGUAUGUUUAUCAUAAGCGUUUUAAUCCACAUGACCCUUUAACAAUAUGAUCGUUUGAGAUUUAUAUAUUUUUUUAAAUAAAAAGUCUAUUGCACCUGGCUGGAUACUACUCAUGGAAAAUGAAGAUAAUCUCUCGGAUGAAUUUCGGGUGCAUGUUGUCAUUCCGAGUAAACCCAAUCCAAUACUUGAAAAACGUAUUGUAUUCAAAGUAUACAAGAGGAGAUGGUUCAUUUUGUUCGUGCUGUGCUUGCUAAAUUGCUCGAACUCUAUGUUAUGGCUGACCUUUGCUCCAGUGGCGGACCAGUCAGCCCAGUUCAUGGGUGUCACCCUGGACCAGAUCAACUGGCUGUCCAUCAUUUAUAUGGUGGUGGCCAUACCUCUCAGCUUUGGGACCACAUGGAUGCUGGACACUUUAGGGCUCCGAAUCACAUUGGUGCUGGGUUCGUGGCUUAACAUGUUGGGAGCUGUGCUGCGUUUCGUGAGCGUCCUGGGGAGUCUUGUCAGUGCGGCCAAAUUCCCUGUGGUGAUGGGGGGCCAGACCCUGUGUGCCCUGGCUCAGCCCCUGGUCAUUUUCACACCCACCAAGCUGGCAGCACUCUGGUUCCCAGAGCACCAGCGGGCCACUGCCAAUAUGAUAGCCUCUAUGUCAAAUCCCCUUGGGAUUCUUGUUGCUAGCAUCUUUUCCCCUAUGAUUGUGGGGACCACCAACAACAUCUCUUCAUUGCUGUUCAUAUAUGCUGUACCAGCAACCAUCAUCUGUUUCCUAGCAACAGUUGGGAUCCGUGAUAGUUCCCCCCCAACGCCCCCCUCAGCCAGUGCAGAAAGCUCCACCUCGGAGCCCUUCCUGGAGGGAAUCAUGCUGUUACUGAGGAACAAGGCUUACAUGAUUCUCCUGCUGUGCUUCGGCUCGGGGAUCGCUGUAUUCACCUGCUUCUCUACACUGCUGGAGCAGAUCAUGUGUGUCCGAGGGUACCCUAAUGACUUUGCAGGACUGUGCGGGGGUCUCUUCAUUGUUUUCGGUAUUGUCGGGGCUGGUUUCCUUGGACUGUACGUCGACAAAACCAAGAAGUUUAUCGAGGCCACCAAGGUUAACAUGAGCCUUUCAGCGCUGGCCUGCAUUGCCUUUUCAGUGGUAUCUCAGAUGCGGAAUCAGAGAAUAGCCUUGGCCGUUGUUUGUUCGCUCUUCGGCUUUUUCGGCUUCUCCAUUUACCCGGUUGCCAUGGAGUUGUCUGUGGAGUGCUCCUACCCGGUUGGAGAGGCCACCUCAGCUGGCCUCAUCUUCAUAUCAGGACAGAUCCAGUCAGUUAUCUAUAUACUGCUUCUUCAGGGGUUGACCAAACCAAUGGCCGACUCACCCUUCUCUACCUGUUCUGCAGGAGAUGCGUCCUUGAGUUGGAGGGUGCCCAUGCUGGUGAUGGCAGGUCUGUGCAGUGCCUUUACCUGCUGCUUUGUUAUCUUCUUCCACACGGAGUACAGGAGACUGGACGCUGAGGCACAGGCUAUUGGAAAAAAGCCAACUCUGACAGCAUGCCAAACCGUAACAAGCCAAACUCUGAAGACUCGCCAGACUCCAACAACAAGCCAAACUGACAACACACAAGACUCUGACCAAAAGGAGGAACAGGCCAGUGGUUAACUGAACUGCUGUUGAGAUAACGACCUCACUGGCAUCGUUUCAGAAGGAGGCCAAGUGUAUUGACUUACUAAUACAUUCCUUUAUAUAUAGAUAAUUUAACUAUAUAGUACAUAUAUAGCAUCUAGACAGGCGGAUUGCCUCACAAUGUAUCAAUGCUCCAGCUUACAUGUCUGAAGAAGUUCUGACGUCAGCUGGGACAGAGGACAAAUUGGAAAUGGGACGCAUAACACCUAGUGCUCUUGCGCUCAUGUCUGGGUUUCUAGUAGAAAUACCAUAUAAAUGUCUGAUUACUAUUGUAAGGAAGGCAUUUAGAAUGUAACAGUAAUCAUCUGAAGUGAAUGAUUAGAUUUUAUGGUGGUGGUAAACUGGGCUUUCCUUUUUAAUACAGGUUUGCACCGAAUAGCACCUUUGCCCUGAGGCAGAGCAGAGUUGAAGUAAUUUCUGCUCUGUAAAAGUGGACAUAUUUCACAUGCAAAAGAAAUCCAAAACCUGAAUUGACUAGAAUUUCAAUGGAAUUAAACUGAUGUAGGUGGACAUGUAUGCUUUUGGGGUGUAAACAAAAAGGUACAGACUAGUUCAUAAAAAUAAAAAAAACAUACAUAAUGGAACAGACAUGUGGCAAUUUGUGUUGUAAGUGCCGUUUUAAACUACUCCUGUAAAUAUACAAAAAAAAAGUUAUUAAAUCAACCACUUUAUUGAA